GGUGAAAUGAGAUGGCUGUGUUUGCUUCAGCUCCCAUUCCUGACCUAGCCCCUGGAGCUCCAUUGUAGUGCCAAAGGGCCCAGUUCUCAGUGGCACACAACGCUGACAGUGGAGAUGAGUCUAAAUAUAGUCAGCUGAGGAGCAGCCACUUGAUCAGGGUGGAAUGUCUAACCCUGAGAAGAGAAAAGGGAACCCUCUCAAAAAAUGCCUGAAGUGCCAGGUAGAGCUGGGCAGAGCCUCCUUCAGUAUGCAGGGUCUGUGUCCUCACUGCAAUGCCAAGGCAGGAGAGGACCAAAAGAAUCAGAAAGGCAAGAGGGAUUCCUAUGCAUUUGGAAAUGCAAGCGAAGUAAUGGAGAUUGAGCCCUCGUACACUGACUUUAUUUCCUGUGAUCGCACUGGGCGGAGGAACGCUAUCCACGACAUCCAAGGAGACGCAACCUCCAUCAGUAUGCGGAAGCUGGCAGGUGACAUAGGCGAGCUCUCCAUUGAAGGAGCAGGAAACCAAGCUGCUGCUGCUGCUGCUUCUGAGAAGGAACCUGAAGCGAGACUUGAGGGGCAAGACGGCACCACCCCAUCAUGAGCGCCACAGGAGUGGGGGGGGGAGGGGGAAGGAGGAAAGAACUGUAAACACUAAAUGGGAACGUUCCAUCAACUUUGCUGACAACUGAGAGCCAAACCAGAACAAUGACUUCUCCCUUUUAAAUGCCUUUGCUGUGACCAUUCUGUUCAGUUACCUGUAGGAAGCUCAUCAGUGAGUGGUACAUCCACGAACUCUGCUCCCAUCUAGAACGGCUUAGAAGAACACUGCACUGGUGGUAGUCACAUGACCCACUCUCAAAGUGCCUCAGUAGCAAUUUUCCUCUAUAGGAAAUUUAAAAUAUACACUUCAGCCUUUCCUGGAUAAGGUACAUUUUUUACUCUGUACAUUUAGACUGUUUAUUUAUUUCCUGUUCCCAUAGAUUAGAGAUUUUGGUGCUUCACUUAUUUCACCUUCCUUCUGUAUCCAGCUUAGAGGUGAACGGAUAU